CUUCCCCCUUAAGAAAAUACUCUAUACACGAAAUAGUCCUAGAAUUGAAUACCACCAUGUCUGCGUCUCAAGUUAACAACCUCAAAGAUCUGUCGACUGAUGAAGAGUAUUACCAAAGAGUUUACGAUGUUUUUGAAACAGUUUGUGACAGACGGGAGAAGAUGUAUGAGUGGAUUUGCAACGAUCUACCGGCAGUUGUGGACUCGAUCGAGACCGACCCUGGACGGGCGUUAAACGUGCUGAGUGUUGGGGCAGGCAACGGUGUCAUCGAUCUAAAGAUGAUGUCAGUGCUCCUGGUUAACCAUCCUCUCGUCCACGCCACUAUCCUCGAGCCUAACCCAAAUGUAUUGCAGCAGUACAAAGCCUUAGCAUCCAAAGAGUCGGCAAAGCUCCAGGGCGUAAGCUUCGAGUGGAGAGCUGAGACGUUCGAUGAGUAUCAAAAGAUGACUAACAAGAAAAGAAAGUUUCAUUUUAUCAGCUGCAUGAGUUCUAUUUACUACAUGGGUGAUUUAGAACCGGCCUUGCAGUGUCUUCAUGGUGAGCUGGAUACAGGAGGUAUAUUGAUGGUGUCGCUUAUGUCAGGGGAAGGAGGAUUCGGGAGUCUAUGGCAGUUUCUUCAUAAGAAGUUUGGCCGGAGAGGAGAUCUGUUCACAUCUUCAGACGUUAUUGAGGUGUCACGAAAUCUCAAUCUUAACAUUUCCGUAAUUCAAAACUUUAUUUACCAUUGUGACCUAUCGGCUUGUUUCGGUCCCCCCGAAGAACUGUCCGAAGAGGCGAGUAUUCUCCUCGACUUCUUGACUCAUACCAUCGGCUUUGCUCGGAAUGCUUUGGCUGAGUGUCGAGAUGACGUCAUGAGAUUCCUAAGGAGUGACGCGUGCUCAGACCGAGGUCCUUUAGGUCAGGUGAUUCUCAAAGGAAACAACGUUGCUGUGUUCAUCCGUCAUGAAUGAAGUCCAUGGUGAUCAUGUUGGGAGGCAGAAGGGGUUACCAAUGUAAGGCCCACACCUCUUAGUGGCCUUCAGGCCGUAUGUGUCUGGCAAUGCAACUUGCAUAAAAAUAAUAAUUCAAAAUGCAUUUCGAUGGCGUGGGUUCGUAUCCCACCGCUGCCACCAAGUGGAGUCUUCAUUUUUGCCUUAUAAACAAGGUGGAGGUUGAGACAGACUUAACUUUUAUACGCUGUGAAACUUAGCUUUUAUUUCUGCCAUGUUGGUGAAGUAAGUUAGUUGACAAUAGAGGGCGCUUGUCGGCUGUUGAUUGUUGGUUCAACAGAGCUUCAUUUCAAACGAAAUUUAAUUGGCAGGGAUGUCGUAUUGAAUUAGAAUUCACCCUUGACGUAAAAAUAUAGGCCCUAGGGUCUAGCAAAUUUAAAGAGUCCAAAGUAUACCCAAAUCGAAAUAUGCACAUUAAAAAUAAAUCAAUUAUGUGCAUUUCACAAUAAUUGUUAAUAUCUGAGUGACUUAAAUAAUUUUUGUCUAAGAAUGUUGGAGCCCUUUUAGGAAUUAAUACAUUUAGGCAUAUAUAAAAGUAUAAGUUUAUGUGUCAUGACAAUACAGUAAUAUAUCAAUGUUUAAUCGGUCCCUGCUGGUGAACAGGUUUAUUUAUAGUGUCUUUAUAUUCAUGGCUUAAAUUAUAUUUUAAGUCAAAAAAUUCAAUUUCAAAGAAUUUUGAUGCAACUAAUUUUUCGUUUACAUUAUAUCUACCCCAUUUUAAAAAACGUGCCUUACAGUUAACGAAAUGAUAUAACUUAUGGCUAACAAUUAAAACAAAUCCAGUUAGAUUGUUUGAAGUAUAACGCAGAUUUAGUCGUGUUUAUACAAACACGGACAACAUUCACAAGAAGACGACUAGACAUAGUGUUUUUUGUUAAUUACAAAAACACGGUGUUCGGUUGGACGUUACGUGAUGACGUAGUUCAAAA